UAUUUGCACCCUCAAAUUCCAGAUAUUCAAAUAGUUGUAUCUCAGCCAAAUAUUGUCCUAUCAUAACAAACAUAAACAACCUAUUUAUUCAGCUUUCAGAUGAUGUAUCUCAAUCAAUCCUUUUGACUGGUUUGUGGUUCAGGGUCAUAAAUUACUUUUGUUUCUAAAAAACUUACCCAAUGUUGUAUUAUUCCUAGACACAAUGGUGAAGGGGAAGAAGAAAUCAAACGAACCGUCGGGAAGAAAAAUCACACUCAAGAUGGCCAGGGACGCUCUGAAGGUGACUGUAGAUGGCAAGCGUCGCCUCGAUCUCAGCAACAUGGAGAUCACCACAUUUCCCAAGUGCCUCCUGAAGCUCUGCGACAUAGAGGAGCUGGACCUCAGCCGCAACCUUCUCAAGAAGAUCCCGGACGCCAUCGACAAGUUCAUGAACCUCCGUUUGCUGGACCUGCACAGCAAUCAUCUGGAACAGGUUCCUGCGGCUAUCAGCCGCCUGCAAAACCUGCAAAAACCUCGCCACAGGCUCCUGCGGCUAUCGGCCGCCUGCAAAACCCCGACCGGCCUGCCGCAUGAGCUGGGGCUCUUGAGGAACCUGCGGACCCUCAACCUGGGAAUGAACCGCAUCGAGAGUCUGCCUCCAUCUGUGGCUGCUCUCAAAGAGCUUCAGGAGCUGGGGCUCUUCAACAACCUCCUGACGAACUUGCCCGAGUGCAUCCAAAGCCUCCCAAAGCUGCAGAAGCUGAACACCAGAUCCAACCCCAUCCCUACGGACGAGUCCCCAGAGGUGGACCGCAUGCAGAGAGCAGAGUGUCUGUAUCUAGUGCGGGAGGACUGUCUGUGUACCGACUGUCUGAAGAGAUGCAGGGAGAAGACCAUGUUUGCUGGGCUCAUAACACCAAACUCUGUAGCACAGGAGAACCAGGCUUUAUGGAGGUGAACAUGUAGACUAAAGCGCUGAAAAAAAUAAGUAAAAAUCCAUCUACACUCUUAAAGGGGUCAUCAGAUGCCCAUUUUCCACAAGUUGGCAUGGUCUUAAUAAAAACAUACUUUGGUUAAAAUUUCUCAGUGGUAAUGUUAAACAACAUUCUUUUUACCCUGUCAAAAACAGCUCUGUUCAUAGCGAGCCGUUUCAUUGCAUGUCCCUUUAAAUGCUAAUGAGCUCUUCUGACCCCGCCCCCCUCUUCUGUAGAGUGAUUCGUCGUGGAACCUGCUAACCAGCACAUUAUUAGGAAAGGCGAUUUGUGAAGAUUCAUAAAAACCCCUUAUACCUCACUUCCUCACAAAUUAUUCGCACGAACAUAGACGCGUUUAUGUAGAUCUGUGGCGCAUUCCCUUCAAAAACAAACGUAAUCCAGAUGUCGGGAGUAAAUGACGAUUGCUGUGUCCAGCAACAAAACACUUUAAUCGCUUUGGAGCCAUUCUGGUCUACUCCUGCUCUGGUAGAGAAAUAAUGGCAGACUGUAUACAGCUCAAUAAUGGG